AUGGGAGCCGGACGAACGGCGGGGCUGCUGCUGCUGCUGGUUGUGCUACUGACGAUGCCUAGAGCCCGAGCAAACUGUGGGGAGAGAGAGUACUUCCAUCAAGGUCUCUGCUGUGUGUUUUGUGAAGCAGGUACCUUUGUUGCUGACCACUGCAAUGCUUCGCAUUUGAAAGGAAAAUGUGACCCUUGCAAGCAAGGAAAAGGCUUUACUGCCCAUGCCAAUGGCUUGGAGGAAUGCUUGCCUUGCAGACAGUGCAAAGAGGAUCAGAUAACUCUGAGACCCUGUACUCUGACACAGAAUGCUGAAUGCCAGUGCAAACAAGGGUAUUUCUGUGAUGAUGAGGGCUGUGAAAUGUGUUGGAGAAUCAGUCAAGAGCAUCCAGACGGGAAAGAAAUCCUGCUGAAUUCCACUGAUACCACAGAACUAGGCUUAACUAAUCAAGGGAAGGAAGCUCGUGUUUGGGUUAUUCCAGUGCUGCUGAUGGCUGGUUUGGGUUUGCUCAUAGUAGUUGUUGUUGUUCUUGUUAGAAAGCUGAAGUGUGAUAAAGCUGCCUCAGCUGUUAAAGAUGUAGAGGGACAUCUGACCGAAGAAAAAGAAUUGAAAGAGAUGUUCAAAGGCUCGCGCUAA